UCUUGUUUACUAGUUCUUCAGUUGACAAGUUGUGCUUAAUCUCUAAGUUUUGCACAAUCAGCCUAAAACUGUCAUUCCGCAUGGAUCACAUACCUUCUUCUCCUCUCAAUUCUUCUUCUACUGAAUGGCGUUAUGAUGUUUUCUUGAGUUUUAGAGGAGAAGAUACCCGCACAGGAUUUACAGACCAUCUCUACGCGGCUUUAGAUGCACAAAAAAUCCGUACCUUUAGAGACAGUGAAGAACUUCGACGUGGAGAAGAGAUUGCAGGAGAACUUCUGAAAGCUAUCCAUGAAUCAAGAAUUUUCAUCAUUAUUUUCUCAGAAGACUAUGCUAACUCCAGGUGGUGUUUAAAAGAACUCGCGGAGAUCAGUAAGUGCAGAGCAAAGGGACGAAAAGUUUUUCCAGUUUUCUACCAUGUAGAUCCAAGCGAAGUGCGAAAUCAGUCUGGAAAUUAUGGAAAAUCAUUCGCAGAUUAUGAAAACGAUGCGAACCAAGACGGUGAGCGAAUACAAGUAUGGAGGACUGCCUUGAAGGAAGCAGGCCGUAUAAGUGGAUAUCAUAUAGAUAAACAGCCCGAGGCAGAUGUUGUUAAGAACAUUACUAGAGAUAUAAUAUGUGAGAUAAUAGGUAAAGGCUGUGUUGAUGAUGGCCUAGUUAAUAAAGAAUCCCGUUUGAAAGACUUAAAAAAGUUGAUUAGUGAAUCAAGAGAUGUUCUCAUGAUUGGGAUCCAUGGACUCGGUGGAACAGGGAAGACAGCUGUUGCCCGAGCUUUGUACAAUGAAAUUUCUUAUCAAUUUGAGGGUUCUAGUUUUCUCGCAAAUAUCGGAGAGGAAUCCAAAAAGGAUGGCCUAUAUUGCUUACAAGAACGACUUUUUUGUGAUAUCUUAUUGGGAGAAAGUCGAAAAAUAAUGUUUCAUAGAAGAAACAAUUUGAUUGAGCACAAAUUUCGUACUAAAAGAGUUCUUAUUGUUCUUGAUGAUGUAAAUAAUGAGGAACAAUUGAAAUUAUUAGCCGGAAAUCAUGAUUGGUUUGGUGAAGGAAGUAGAAUCAUUAUAACGUCUAGAGAUAAAUGUUUGUUAGAACGACAUAAAGUGGAUGAGUAUUAUCAGCCUGAGAAAUUAGAUGAUCGUGAAGCUCUAGCACUCUUGUGUCACCAUGCCCUUACCGAAGAACAAUCUUCACAUUGUUUUUUUCGCCUUUUAAAUGAAGUAAUGUCUUAUUGUGGUCAUCGUCCUUUAGCUCUUAAAGUUGCGGGUUCUUUUCUACGUGGCAAGGGAUUGAGGCAGAGGGAAGCUCAGUUAGGAAAGUUGGCUAUAAAACCUGACGUUUUUAGAGUGAGUUAUAAAGAACUAAGUGAUGAAGAAAAGGAUAUAUUCCUUGAUGUUGCAUGCUUCUUUCAAGGGGAGUAUAAAGAUUUUGUUACAAAAAUACUAGAGAAACAUGAUUUCUCUGCUGAACAUGGACUGCAAGUUCUAAGCAAUAGGUGCCUCUUAACAAUUUCGGAAGGAAAGUUAUGGAUGGAUAAUUCAAUACAAAAAAUGGCCUGGGAAAUUGCUAGCAAACAGGCACUGAUACCAGGCAAACCUUGCCGCUUGUGGGAUCAUAAGCAAAUCCUACGCGUACUGAAGAGAAACGAGGGGAUACAUGCAAUUGAAGGCAUAUCCUUAGAGUUAUCCAAAUCAAAAGACAAAAAAUUUUCUGGUGAAGCCUUUUCCGAAAUGGAUGCACUCAGAGUGCUAAAGGUCUUCUUGGGUUCUGGAUGUGUUAAUGACAAAGAGACUUAUAAAGUGCAUUUUUCUACAGACUUUACGUUUCCUUCAUAUGAUAAGUUAAGGUAUCUCCAUGGGCAUGGAUACCAAUUAGAUUCUUUUCCUUCAAACUUUGAGGCAGAGGAGCUUCUUGAACUCAACAUGCCAUAUAGCAGCCUAAAACAAAUUAAAGGGGAUGAGAUUCAUUUUCCAAGUUUAAUUGCCCUCGAUCUUAGUCACUCUCAACAAUUGGAAACCAUCUCAAACUUCUCAAGGAUGCCAAAUUUGGAGAGACUGGUUCUUGAAGGUUGUAGAAGUUUGGUUAAGGUUGACCCAUCUAUUGGAAAUCUGAAAAAGCUUUCUUUGAUGAAUUUGAAAGACUGCAAAAGGCUUAAGAGUCUUCCAAAGAGAAUUUGUGAAUUCGAAUUUCUUGAAUCUCUUAUUCUCGCGGGUUGUUCGAGACUUGAGAAAUUGCUAGGUGACUGGGAGGAACGGCAAAGUUCAGUAAACCUGAAGGCAAGUCGAACUUAUAGAAGAUUCAUUUUACCUCGGAAGCUAAGAAUUCUUCACUUGGGGCAUUGCAAGAGUUUUCAAGAAAUUCUAAAGCUUCGUUCAAGUAUCCAAGAAGUGGAUGCAUACAACUGCAUUUCUAUGGGAACUUUCUCGUGGAACACCAGAUUAGGAGCAUCCAUUUUACAGAGGAUCAAGAUUAAUCCGGAAUCUGCAUUUUCUAUCGUUCUUCCUGGGAAUACAAUUCCAGACUGUUGGGUCACCCAUAAGGUGACAGGAUCUUCAGUGACUAUGGAGCUGCAAAAUUCUGAUUGGUACAACGAUGACUUUUGGGAUUUUCCUGUAGCUGAAUUUCCAAAGUCAUACCGACCACAAGCUCGAGCUCGAGCUUGGCAUACCGAGCUUGACAGUGUAGAUCAAGAAUGCGGCAACACCAGUACAGAUCACGUGUGGUUGGCAUACCGACCACAAGCUCGAGCUGAUAGAUGUCAUCCUAAAGAAAGGAAUCGUCUUAAGGCUUCAUUUGAAGUCUUUAACUGUGUGGUGAAAGAGUGUGCUAUUCGCCUUAUAUACAAGAAACAAAUAUCUUCCCUGCACUCCUUGGCGAGGAAAAAAGUGUGGGAUUGUGGGCGAGGCAGUGUAAGGGCUUAUGGCUUUGGCGUGGAGGGGAUCUUCGGUGGUCAAUUUUGGGGGAGAAGUCUGUUUGGUUCCAGUGCAGCUGGACGGACUAUUCAAGAAGCAUGGAGUAGGGAAGAAGUUUGUCUGACUUCAGCGAAGCUAGACAAACUUGACUCUAGAUUCAGCUACAACUGGUGGACGUUUAGGCCAUGCCAGAAGCGAAAUACAGAAGAAGGAGAAGAGCAGCCAAGCCAAGCAAAAGUUCUCCUCCCCACGUACCAUGACGGAGCUGUUUUCGGGUUCGGAGCUGCUGUUUCAGUCCCGAGCGCCUCUCUCUACAAUGCAGACUAUAGCCAGCGCACCAUCCUCUUUGACCUUUCUCGCGAAGUGAUCGAUGACGCCAUUGGUGAAAGCUCCAACCUCAUCAGCAGUUUUCUUCAGACGAGAUUGAGCUGCGUUUGCGGGAAGUUUGGUUCAAAACUUGCAUUCUCGGCCUUGAAAGCUCCAUUUCGGGUUCUGCAACUCUCAAUGUAG